AUGCGCCGGAGGGUGGAUGAGGGCUUGGUGGGAAGUUCGGGGAGUUCGGACAAAGCAGUCAGUUCGCGAGAGUUCGGUUCGCGAGGGGCGAGCGAACUGGGGAGUUCGCGGGUUGGCGAUGGAGGUAUUGAAGAUGCCAAACUGGAUAUCCUUAUCACAAACAAAGAAGGUCUUCUAGAUAACACCAACUGGGUCUUGAACCGUGCCAAUGUCCUCAAUGUGUUCCGCGGAGAUAACAACAACGCUACUCCUAGACAAAAGCAGGCAAUGGCAGACGUCUUGUGUUCUCUUGGCUGGAACGCAGGAAGGUGGAAACCUACCGAGUGGUCUGACAAGUCUGCUUGGUGGUUUGGCCAAAGUGCUCAGCGGCCAGGUCCCGCUGCUGAACUGAGCCGAUUGGAUAGCCAGACAAACCGAAUUCUAUUCUUCCUCAAUGAACGUUACCAUGGACCCAGUGGAGCUCUUGACUUAUUCAAGGCCAUGAGGGAACAUCACAAGCUCAAGCGUGUCCCUUGUCAAAAGAAUUCAGACCACUCUUACAACAUCCGGGUCAACGGACUGGCAAAUGCGCCUUUCCGCAUGAGGUGCAACAGUGAAGACUGUCAGGAUAACAUGUCACUUGGCCAAGCAUAUCGGUGGUUUUCUGCUCAAGUUGCAAUGGGACAAGUUCGACCAAGUGGAGUCCGCCUCAAACAGAUUGAAGUGGAAGUUGCCGACAUCCAAUACAUCGAGCCUGCUGUGAAUCAACUGAACAGCUUAAGGAAGCAACGGGAGUUGAGAAGAAAGGCUGGGGCCAUCGCUCCUCCCCGUGUCCCUGUGCCUGCUCAACCUGCUCCGCUUGAAAUGAGGCGACCCUAUGUCAUUCAGCCUGCAUCGGAAGCGACAAGGCACAACGUCCCUCCUGCUUCACCUGCACCGACAGUUGCAAGGCCUGUGCCCCAAGUGCUGCAGCCAACACCUGUCAUUCCAAGGGUGGAUUCUCCGGUUGCUGAGCCUGUCUUUACGGCUCUGGAUAGACUGCCUUUGCCAAGUCGGCUUACCAAUCGUGUCAUUCAAAGGCGGACUGGUCGUCCAGCACCAAUGCCUCUUCACAAUGCCAUGCAGAAGAAUCUCUUGAGGGAGAAGGCAAAGGCGACAAAAGAAAAGCAGCGCAUGAAAUCCUACCAAGGUGCAGUACCCAAAAGUGAGGAGAGACACUCGCCUUUGGUUGUGGAACGGAGCAAUGCGGUUCUUGUGGAAGGGUCUAUGCUCCCAGUCUAUCGGACCACCUGGACUAGAGGUGACGGGAACUGCCUGUUUCAUGCCAUUGCCAAGGCGUUAGGAAGUCCCCUCCACGACCACAAGUCCCUACGGAUGGAUGCCUGCCGGUACCUCAGUGAACACGACACACAGUUCUGGCACGAGGCUGAGAUAAAUGAAGGACAGACUCAGGAGGAUGCAUGGGCAUUGUAUCUCCACAAGAUGCGGCAGCUGGGAGAGUGGGGUGGUCAACCUGAGAUCAUCGCCCUGGCCAACGUUCAUCGGGUCAAGAUCAGUAUCUUGUCCACGUUGGACAACGGGAGGCUAUAUUGGCACCACCAUGGGCAGAACAUUGAGACAGACAAUCCCCUCGACCAGGCGUAA